AUGGUCGAAUCAACAGCCACUCAAACAUUAAAAAAGAAACCUCGCUACAAUCGACCAACUAUACUCGUGCCAUCAACAGAACGGACAUUUCUACUGUCAUCGAAUAAAGAAUUCAACAUUCAAUAUUCGAUCCACUCGAUAGCAUCAAGUCGAUAUGCCAGAGACUUGAAGAGUGUAUUUCCCGAAGUAAAAGAUUUAGAUAAAUGUCUGGUGGUUCCCACAUUUCAGAAAUGUGUCAAUGAUCUGGCUGCAUUUGGUGAAGUCGUUGAUAAAGAAAGGGAUGAAAAACUUGAAAAUUUCAUUGAAUGGGGCAAGGCAAUCUGCGAAUACUUGAAAGCUCGUGGUCAUUGGGCUGAUCUGGUUGACCCAGCAUCAGCAUAUCCGAUGUAUUCAUCACCCGGGCCCUCGGGAUAUCCGGAAGUGGUCGGAGCAGAACAGCUUCUCAAGUAUCAUUCACAAAACGCCAACUGUUGCAAGAUUCUUCUCCAUCCCCAAUGGGGCAGCAAAGUAUAUCCUGCUACAUUAUUUACUACUUCUGAUGAGGACACAUUGAAACAAGCAAUUGACACAAUGGCUGUGAUUGAUGCAUGA